AAAGUCUCAGGGUCCUUUGUAUUGUACUCAUCUUCACUAUAUCAAGCCUUUUUCCUUCUCCCACUCUUUAUAAGUUCAUUGCUUUUCAAAAUGAAAUCUAAAUACUCCCUGGAAGACUUUCUCGUCGUGUUCGGCCCUCGAGACACUUACCUUGUGCGCACCCCCGGAGUCGACCUGCGCUGGACUCUCCCCGUCUCCUCGAAGCUGCAGGAUAUCCUCACCUCCGCCAAAGAAGUCAGCUUUGUCGCGUACCCGUCUCUUCUAGACGUGGAGGCCUCAGAGUUGCCGGACCCUGUCGUUGCAUAUGUGAAGAAGGGUCUGUUGGGAGACUCUAAAUUCCAUCUGCCUGAAGAUAACGAGCCGGUUUUGAAAGAAUGGCUACACAAACGGUGGAACAACACAGUAGGCAUUCAAGUAAUCUCCUCGAAUGGCGCAUGGUGGGCUCAAUCCAGCUCCGGCACGACAGCCUUCCAAUCGCUCCCCGGCGACGUACGACAACUCGUCAAACCAAACCAUCCGCACGGCAAAGUCGUCCAUCUCGCGAUGGGCGUUCAGGGGGCCUACAUUGCUGUCUUUGACGACGGACACUGUAUCUGGGAUCUCAAGGGGGGGUACGGUAGACUCGACGCCCAUCUGGACACCAGACUGUCUGGAGAACUGCUCUACGCAAGUCUGAGCCCCUUUGAUGCUGGUGCUUUCUUUGCCGUGUUCCACAACGACACCGUUAUCUAUGACUGGCCCGAGGGGGAGGAAAAGCGUUGGUCAGAGAUAGAUGGCUGUUUCCUUGAAUUCGACGGCCUUCGCGUUCUCACCCCGUCUGAGACGCUCAAGUUCUCGGUUGCAACGCCGAAACGCCCGGGGGCUUUGCGGCAGUGGACAGGGCAGGUGUUGAAGGAUGUGGCUACACAGGAUAUUGAGAGUGUAUUGGAGGGUUAGUAUAUAUUAGUGAAUAGUAUUUUGAAGUGAAUAUAGGGUUUUGAUUCAGUGAAUAUUGAUGUGAACUUGGGCUGCUGGUAUAUAAUCCUACUCUCCCC